AUGGCUACUCUUCGUAAUUUGAAAAUAAAGACAAGUACUUGCAAACGAAUUCUUAAAGAGCUCCAUUCUUAUGAAAAAGAGGUGGAGAAGGAAGCUGCAAAGACAGCAGACAUGAAGGAGAAAGGAGCUGAUCCCUAUGAUCUCAAGCAACAGGUAGCUAUUACCAGUCAACUUUUCCAUUCUUUUGUUAUUUGAAGUUUAAUAUUGAAAUGUGUAAAUGAGAAAACAUGUCAAAUCUUUUGUUAGGAAUACGAUCUCUAAUAGCCCUAGAUUUCAUACAUUAGUACUGCAUUUUAAUCCCGAGUUCACCCUCUUGGGAGCUCUUUGGCUUCUAAAUUAUCAACCAUCUCGUUCAUUUUGAUGCUUUCGAAAAGGACACCGUAAUUAUCUAGCCAAAUGCUCCUUCAUGUCUUCUAUUAUGGUAUAGAAAUUUUCAGUUUUCCUCAAUCGGAUGAUUGCAUGCUCUCCAUUCUCCGAGAAUCCACAUUUUUGGGUUAGACAGGUGGAGAAUGGAUGGAUAGAGAGGCAAUAUGAUGGGAAGUGUUUGAUUAGAAGACUUCUUACAGUAGAUUGCGGGCUCAGCUAUCAUCAAAGGUCACGAUUAGAAUUUUCUCGACAAGCUGCUCUUAUGCCCUUAUCUUCCUCGUUAUUUGAGGGCGCUUCUUGGAUCUCAGACAGUCUGCUUCUCUGCUUCUUCAUCAAUAACACCAAUAGGAUCCCUGGGUGAUGAAAUUUCAGCCUGUCCAGAACAUUUCCAUCAAAUAAUACUUCUGUUUCAGGACUUCCAUGCUGUUCUAAAGCCCCAGAUACUUCUGCUGUCUCAACUGUCGUUCUCUUUUCUUUUCUUCUCUUUUUGAUGACUGCACAUGGAAGUAAACUGCCCCAAAUUUUAGCCGAUGAUAGGGUUUAAAAGUCCACAUGUUAGAAAUUGGCUGAAUUUCGAUUACGCCUGUUUCGUGGCACUGAGAUGUGGCUGCAAAUAUAGACUACUUUGUGUAAUACAUAUAAAGACAUGAAUGGCUAUAAAUAGAAACUAUUCUGUAUUAAUAUGAAUAAGUUUUAUCUUUCAUCUUUUUGGACCAGUUCCGGCUCAUACAUUAUUGAAAUAAAUUACCACUAUCGUUUUGAAGAUGGAUUGAUAUAAUAUAGGGUCAGUUUUGAUAUGCUCAAUCUCUUUCUGUGCUGACAAUGCUCGAACUCUCAAUUCAGAAAUCACAUCUUUCUACUUCAGUAGCAACCUAUUUUUGUCUGUAAGUUGAUUCAUGAAAUGGUCGUCUAAUUUCUGUUUCCUAGCUUAGUCAACUGUACAAAGCUCUGCCACAAUCAGCUAGUGGAAUGGCUUCAGAGCUCAUUGUUUUCCAUCUAUCCCAUGUGAUAUACUAUGAUCUUUGGGACAGAUGUGUGGCUUAGGUUAUUGUUUUCGACCAGUCCCAUGGAAAAUACAAUGAUUUAUGGGGGACAUCUUUGGUUGAGUGUUGCAGAUGUAUUUUUAUCGGUGGCUUUUUGUGGCUCUUCCUAUACUAAUGCGUAGAGAAGUGGGAUUGGAUCUGUCUUCCGGUCUUUGUCCAUUCUGUCCACCUCAAAGGGUGUCGGAAGAUCCUUCUGUAUUUCCACGUCUUUAGCGUUGGAGAAGAAUGAGGGGUGUACUUUCGGAUAGCCCACAUGUGAGACUGGAUUGAGUGAUGUUGACAGGGCGGUGAAGGCUGGGGACACAGGUUGCUAUGGAGCUGGGAGGGAAAGGUUGAAAUCAGUUACAUGGCGGAUGAUUAGAAUCCAGAUGAAUUAAAUCGAUUCAAAAUUGGCACGAUUGACCUGUUUUCAAUGGGUGGGGAAUGGAAGGAUCCAAUCUCUCUUGACAUUGAAAAACAGAAAAAAAUACUAAUCGUCCCAAGAAGUGAUGUCUAGCUGAUUAGGAGCUGGGCUGGGACACUAAAGGCAUAUUUGCCCUUCUGUCUUUCAAUUAAAGACGUGGAUAUGAAAAAAAUGGAAAAUAUGUUAUAAGUAGGACAAAAAUCUACCAAUAUUGAAUAAGAAAACGCUGGAGAGUUGAAGCAAAAAACAAAAUUUACCUCUGCCACUGCCCCCUCCCUCUUUUCCUCUUCUUCUCGUGUGUGAGAUUGUGAGACUGGAGUAAGGAUCGAGGUGGAGGAAUACUGAAGGGUUUUUUAAAAGUUAACUAUCGUUUGUCCGUUUUUCGUUCUAUACCAUCACCAGUUGUAUGUUCCUAUCAUAUUUAUCUUCUGCAUUUUAGCUGAAUCUGCCUUCGUCCAAGGGCAGCUGAUGUGCAGAGUCUGAACCUGAUUUUUUUUUUUGGGUUAAUUCCAGUGGGCUCUGUCAGGACAUCAAAACUGAUAAUGGUCAAUGAUCGUAAUGGCUGAGCGAGAGCGAGAUGUUUCCUGUAGGACAUUCCUGGGGUCAUUUGUAUUUCCUUCGACCAUAAAUUCAAGGAUGGGUUAGACGCAGAAGUGUAGAGGAGUGCAUGUAUGUAUAUUUGUGAAUAAAUGUUCUAUAACAAUCGUUGGUUGUCAGUCCUAUUUCACCUGAUUACAGUAUAUUUUUAUUGUUUUCCACAAUCUCAUAUGGUCAGCCUUUCCAUCUAUCCAACAUUACUGAGCGAUCUUUUUUUAUCGCAGUGCAUGUCGGCCUAUCUAUUUAGGGGAAUGUUUUCAUGGAAUAGGCUACUGAGAUUGGCUCACUCAAGUAAUCAAAGACUUUCCUCCUGUAGUUGCUCUUGUAGAUGGUCUCGUUGCACCAAUUUGAAUCUGAUGGAUAUUUUUUCACAUUAGGCUGUGCCACUCCAUGUACUUAACCUCUGGCUGAUUGAUCUGUUGUCUUGGAUCUUGGAUACAUUUCGUAGCUUUUCUUCAUCAUAUGAUGUUUCUCCUAGAGUUUAUUAUCGACAAUAGAUGAUAUAUUUAGCCUCUCAAAUAACUGGCUACAGAAGUUCCACCCAUGGAUACUUUCCUUCGUAUCUCCUAAGGGUAAUUAAGUUAUCUGUUAACCAUUUCCUUAUAAAACUGAUUGGAUAGCUGUAUUUUAUUUAGGAGAAUGUCUUAGCAGAGUCAAGGAUGAUGAUCCCUGACUGUCGCAAACGCCUGGAGGCAUCACUUGGAGAUUUGAAGGGAACAUUGGUAUACAUCCCAGAAUAAUGAUGCUCAAUGGAAAGACCUACAAACUUUAUCUCUGCUCUAAUAAUAUUUGAAUAUCCUUUCAGGCUGAAAUCAAGGAUUCAGAUCUUCAGGGCCCUGAUAUUGGAGACGCUGAAAGCAUGGUGACUGAGGUUGAGGCUUUCUUUCAAAGUAUCGAAGCAUGA